AUGCAGGACUCUGAACUCCAAGAGAUAUCGUCAGCUCUUCGUGCUGCCCGUAUCAGCAAAGAGCCGAUUGAGCCCCCAACCAAGAAGUGGACAAGUCUCGAUCCGGAUAGCGCCUUUGAAGUCCAAAAGGUCACCGUCAAGAACGCAGUCAGUCAAGAUGGCGACAGAGUCGUUGGAUAUAAACUGGGCAACAUCGCAAAGGUCAUGCAAGACGCCUUUGGCCUCGACCAACCCGACUAUGGCUUCCUCCUCGCGAGCACUUUCAUAUUCGAGGGAACGACUCUGAGCCUCAAGGAUUUUAUCAAGCCUUAUGUCGAGCUUGAGCCAGCUUUCGUCCUUAAAGGCCCUCUAAGAGGACCAAAUGUCACUGUCGCCGACGUCAUCAACGCCACAGACUACGCCAUCCCCGCGAUAGAGAUUAUCGACUCCAGGGUACGAGACUGGGCCAUUGACCUCCCGGACACUCUGGCUGAUAACGGAUCAACCGGUGCCGUCAUCCUAGGUGGUACACCCCGCCAACUUACCGAUCUCACCUUGAGCAACACGAGAGGGAUGCUACGUUUCAAUGAUAAGGAGGUCAUGUCGGGCAACACCAGAAACGUGCUCGGAAAUCCACUGUCUGCCGUAGCCUGGCUAGCGAAUAAACUUGCAAGAUAUGAUGUUGGGUUCGAUGCAGGGCAGGUCAUCCUACCUGGUAGCUGCCUGCAGGCAGUGCCAAUGCAGGAAGCUGGUCGCUGGUCUUGUACGUUUGAGGGAUGGGGGACUGUCGAGUUCGAUGUCGCUGAAUAG